AUUAAAAAGCCUAGAUGACACCAUGGCAUCACCAAAAACCUUAGCCUCUUGUAGAGUAACUACUCGAAAAGAUUGUUUUAGGAGCACUGCUUUCUACUGUGGCCUCGGUGGGGAAAUGCCAAAGAUUAACAGAAUAUAAUUCCACUUCCCUACAUCCCACCAACCAUUUCAAGCGUAUUUACUCUGUUACCGGUUGAAAGUAUGCCUACCUUCUCUUUUGUGCUCUCUGCAACUCCACAAAACUCCCCAUAUCAUACCAAAAACCUGAGAAAGCAGGGGGUAAAGCCUCACAUUCCAGUCCCUACAUAGAGAUUCUUAAUAUAUUUAAAAGCUAUUGACGGCCGAACCAUCCCAGGCCUCUGGUCUGUUUAGAGAUCUCCCUCAGGUUGCCUGCUUUUGGGAUUCCUUUAUUGGCCUGCAAGCUAGCUUGGGAUUCUUCACCGUAUGGAAAACUAAAUGCGGUUGGUUGUUGAGAGGUGGUGAAGGAAUUUGCGUCUGUUUCUGCAUUGUUUAUGUUCAGAUGGGUAUUGUUUAUGCUUGAAAUGUUACUAUAAUUAUCUGAGCAUACUUCGGAAGGGAGGGAUUUCUUUCAGGGGAUAUCAUCUGACUGCUUUUUAUUGAUCUUCAAAUAAAUAUUGGUAGUUGUUGAGAUCAGAACAUGAAGAUAUAGGAGAGGUUUUGCUUGCAGCUCUGGGUUAAGCUUGAGGGAUAGCUAUUGUAUAUAUAUAUAUAUAAAUCUGUUUUAGUGAUCUCUAGACUUGUAAGAGAUUUUUGUUUUACUUUGGUCAUUGUGUAGAGGUUAGGUCGCCACAAUUCAAAAAGGCUGAGGAGUGCUACAGGCUGAAACUAAAUUUCAGUUCUUUUUUCUUUUUGAUAUUUUUGGUUCUCUUUUUGUGUGGAAAGAGAAGCCUCUCUAGAUUGAAAGAAUGCUUGCUCUGGAAAGAGGAGUCUUCGUGAGAUUAGCAAGUUUUCUGAUUCUUAUUCUUCUUGCAUGGCCGGCGGAUUCAUCUCGACACCCUCACAAACCAAUUCAAAGCCACAAGGCCAGCCAACCUGAACCACUGAAGCUUACUCCAAAACUCUCAUUCCAAAUCACACUCCAUGCAUUCCUCUUCUGGGCCUCCAUUGGUUUCUUGAUGCCUGUUGGGAUAAUCAUAAUCAGGAUGUCGAACAGAGUUGAAUGUGGCAAAAGGCUCAAGGUUCUCUUCUACUCCCAUGUCAUUGUACAGAUGAUAGCUGUCCUGCUUGCCACUGCUGGGGCAGUUCUUUCUAUAAUGAACUUUCAGAAUUCUUUCAACAAUAUUCAUCAGAGGACAGGAUUGGCACUCUAUUCGAUGAUAUGGAUUCAACCUUUGAUCGGCUUUCUCAGGCCUCACAGAGGAGUGAAAGUAAGGAGCAUAUGGUACUUUGUCCAUUGGCUACUUGGAACUGGAAUUCCUAUAUUGGGGAUCAUAAACAUUUACAUUGGCCUGCACACCUACCACGAGAGGACCUCCAGAAGUGUAAGGUUGUGGACUCUUCUCUUCACCGCAGAGGUUGUGAUCAUUGCUAUCAUCUAUCUUUUCCAAGACAGGUGGGAUUAUUUGAUGAAGCAGGGAGUGAUCCUAGGUGACGAGCAGAUCAGACCCACGGACCAUAUAACAUCUCCAAGUACCAGUCAAAAGGAGUAAGCAUCAAUAUCUUAGUGGAAAGCCAGGAUUCUUUGGGCUUGCUUUCAGCGCUCAUGAAUUAUCCUAGCUCUAGCAUUGGCUCAAACUCUUUUGUCCUUCCGCCAGUGCAUUCUUUUACCAAGUUGUAAUAGUGAGUAUUUUGGAAACCGUAAUGAUGGAAUGGGAGCAUUGUGUUAGCUGUA